AGUGUUUUAGUGCGUUUUUUCAAUGAGUGAACAAAGUGUGGCCGAUUUAUUGGAACAAUGGGGAUUCCCCGAAUUAGUUUUGGUGUUUGAAGAAAACGAAAUUACUUGGGAGGCAUUUGAGUCCUUAACGGACGACGUAAUCAAAGAGUUAAUACCAAAGAUUGGCCCCCGUAUUAUUUUCAAGAAAAAGUACGAUCUCUUUAGAGCCCCUGUCAUAACUGUACAAUCCGCCAUCGAAUACCCUAAUACACUGAGUCCUUCGCCUUCUAUUUCUUCUGCGAUUUCGGAGACACUAUCGGUAUCUUCCUGUACCUCUGAUGCUGAAGCUCCUGGGCCAUCAUAUAUCGAAGUGACAACAUCUGCGUCAUAUAAUGAUAUUGACGGCAAUGCAGUAAUUAAAAAAAAUGCGGAAGAAUUAAGGAAGCUAUUACUGAACAGUAACAAAGGAAAGAUGGUGAUGAGUUAUUAUGAUAAGCACAAAAAAUUUAACGAUAGUAUUCGUGACAAGUUAACCGACACUAUCAUUGAGGGCGAAGUGGCUGAUGAUAUCGAUAAAAGAAUGUCAAGCGACAGAUUUGAGUCAUUGGCAGCUGCCAUAAAUGCCCUUUUUCCGACAGAAAACAAGGAACGAUUCAUCGUGGACAAAAUUGGGCAGCGGAAAACUUUUUCGAAAAUUUUAUAA